AUGCAGGAUGAGUCAGCAGCGCAGCGUGCGCAGCGCGCCGCCGCGGCCGUCUCGCAGCCGGCGGUCUAUGCGGCGGCGACCCCUCCCGUCAUGAUCCUGCCGGAGAUUAAGCCUGCCCAAAAAGCUGCCCAGCUGCCCAAGACGGGCACUGCCGCCGGCUCUGAAGCCCCGCCUGCAGGAGCGCCUCCUGUUGGAGCUGCGGAAGCUGAGGAGUACUUUGCUGCCAAGGAUGGGCUGCAGUCCGAGCCAGCCAGCCCCGCUCACCCAUCACGCGAAGAGGCCAAUCAUGUCCAGGUCGACCCAGGCAAGCCACCUGCUGCCCCCCAAGAGGAGCAAGCCUCCUUCAAGCCAACAGAGCCCCCGCCUGCCAUUGCUGCACAAGAGACAGUCCCUGCUUCCCCCAAGCCGCCACCUCAGCCCCCAGUGCAGCCCUCAGAAAAGCCUGCUGCCGAGGAGAAGUCUCAGGCAGCUCCAGAGAAAGCAGCUGAAGGUGCGCGCACAAAAGAAGAAGAGGAGGAGCAGCAAGCGGAUGAGUAUGAGGUGCCUCCAGUGCGGGAGGAGCCUGUGACCAAGCACCAGAAGGCUACCGAAGAAGAGGCGCUGAGGCGCGCUGCAGCAACAGGAGGUACGCCAGCGGAGACAGGCGAGGCCAAGCAUGCGGCGGCCAAGGAAGCUUCAGGCAAAAUUGAUGACCGCCAGCCAGUGGAUGAAGCACUCGUGGUGUCCACCCCCCAAGCAAUUGGCGCUGGCGAUGUCAUCCCUGCUGCACAUGAGGCUGAGGAGCACCUGAUGCAUGGCGAGCCUAUUCGCCUGCACCCACCUCCCCGCAAGGCACGAGAGGAGAAGAGGCAGCAGGAGCAGCAGCAGGGAACGCCAGCCGAGACAGGCCCCCAAGCCCAGCCAGAUGCAGAUUUCAAGCCACAGCGCCAAGGAGAGGUUCCCGAUCAGUGGCCCAUGUUUUCAGAGGCGGCUGCCUCGCGGCAGGAGCAGCGGGAGACUGACUGGCCCAGCAUUGAGCCUAUGGUCACCAGCGGACCCGAGCGCUACACAAGAGUUGAGAGGGGUAUCCUGGACUCGGGCCGGGACUUUGAGGCGACUGGCGCUGGCGGCUCCGCGGCGACCUCCGAGGCCGAUUACCAGCACUACCGCAGCCCAGGCGCGCCCCAGAACUUGUGCCACUUGUCCAGCUUCACGGGUGGAGGGGUCUUUGAGAGCUUCAGCAGCGACGUGGCAUUUUUUGACGCCAGCGAGCAGAUCGAGGGCCCCACGUCCGACGCGCCCGGCCCAAGCAGCAUCCCCGAGCAAGCGCCAGAGCCGCGGCAGACCUCCAAGCCGACCAUCCACGAUGAGGACCUGUCCCCGGAGGAGCGCGGGCUGAUGCGCUCCCAGGAGCUGACAGAGAUGCGCGACCGCCAAGCCGAGCAGCCGCCGCAGCAGCCGCCGCCGCAGCUUCCGCCGCAGCUUCCGCGCGGCGCGGCCAGCGGGGGCGUCCAGUGGCCCGAGGGAUUCACCCAGCAGCCGCCGCAGCGCGGUGCGGCCUCCGGCGCCGUCCAGUGGCCCGAGGGAUUCACUCAGGGCAUGGCCGAUGAGGAGAUGCGGUCGCGCGAGCGGCUGGCAGAGAUGGGGGAGAGAAGCAAGAGCAGGGUGGAUGAGACGCACGAGAAGGUGGUGGCUCUGGCCGCAGAGGGGCUCACCUCCAUCGAAGACACCAAAUCGCGCGGCCUCUCCCGACUCGCCGCCUUGGCACACCAGCAGCAGCAGCAGCAGCAGCCACCGCCGGUGCAGCUGACUGCGGUGCUUGUGUUUGCAUUGGAACGUCGAUCGCACGAGGAACCAGCUGGUUUGUCGGAUGGAGAGCAAGUGCUCAACACGAGUGCUAGCGGCUUCCAGGCGGGCGGCGAGGGCGGCUCCUACAGCAAGACAGAGGCUCGGCAGCGCUUUGUGAAUCUGGAUUCGCAGCAGCGGCCUGUCACGUCCGGUGGAGUUCCCUUGCCAAGAGACCCCGGCCUGGGCAAGGCGGCAGCGUCUGGCCCCGGGCUGGCGGCUCCGGCCGUGCGUGGCCCCAUCUCGCCGGCAAGCGACAAGUCUGCUGCAACCGCGGUGACCACCCAGGAGCCGGAGCGCCGCCGCAGUGUGUCACUGCCUGAGCUGUCCUCCACCCGCGCUUCACUGACAAGCACCCCAGCCGCCACCCCUGAGAGCACUGAAGCCAAGGACAAGGGCCCUGCACAGCCGGACACGCCAAGCAGCGGCCCGAGCGCUCUGCCGAGCCCAUUCAGCACCACAGCGCCCGAGUCUGAGACUUCUCAGCACAGCGCUCGCACCACCGAGGCUCUCGAUCUGCCGACCUCAUCCACGGCACACUCAGGGACUGGAGUGGGCAAGGUGCUGAUCACACCGCCCAAGAGGGAGACCGCAGACAAAAAAGGAUCUCCCUUCAAGAAAUUCCAGAAGCUGUUCAGCGGCAAGGACAGGGGGGGAUCCCAGGAGGGGACCCCCCGGCAGCCGCCCACCAGUGCCCCCUGA